GCGGGACCCGCGGCUCGGGGGCUCGCUCCCGGCGGCGGUGCUGAGGGGCACAACGCCGGGGGACCCCGGCCCCGCCGCCUGCCCCGCCCCGCCCGCACGGGGGCAGCGGGGCCUGACCCGGAAGGAGUGAGGCGGCCGCGCCGAGCCGCUGCCGCUGCCGGGACAGCCGGGAGGUCUGCACGGCCUGCGGGGCUCUGCUCUGUCGGCUCCUGUCGCGACGGAGAGCGGGGAGGAGGUGUGCGGAACGACAGCGGGGAGCAAGAGGUGGGGAAGGAAGAGGAGCGACCUGCCGGGGGCCUGGGAGUGAGGAUUAACUGCGGCCCUGCGCUGAGGGUUUGUGAAGAUAAACUACAGUAACUACAGAUAGCUGUGGAUACCGAUUUUCUUGAUGAAUUGAUUUCAAACGCGUUCAUUGCCUUACUGGGAGUGCAUCCUGCAGCUUUACCACGAUGGCUCUGACUGUUACGGUGCUGAACAGCGCUGGCUUAUGUGGCAGAUGCUGCAGGCACAAAGUUUUGCACCCCUUGCUUGGAUCUCUCCUCGUUGAUUCCACGUCAAAAUUGUAUAGCAGUUACAGGAGGCCAGGAUCACAACCUGAGAAAACACCGUCCUGGCAAAAGAUUGAUUUCAGUUUUAAGAAGGGCAUCGAUGCCUUAAAGACUCAGCUAAGCUUGCUGAAGAAGGAGACUGAAGAACACUUAAGAGGACCUGAAGGCCGUCGGUUUGAUCAGUACCUGUUGCAGCAGACGAAGGUGUUGUGGGAGUUUCGGAGCCAGGAAGAUUUAAAUAAAUGGGUCGUUUCCUCUGAUGUAGAGAUUGGAGGGAAAAGUGAAGUUUACCUAAAACUGGGUAGGAAUAACCAGGCUGCUCUGCUGUAUGGAACUCUCAAUACCGAAGUACCUCGUGAUGGGGAGACAAAAUACAGUGGAUAUUGUAGCAUGAGAGCCAAACCACCAGUGGGAUCUUUUGCUAGGAAGAAGUAUUACGACUGGUCAAACUUCAACAGUCUGCAUUUACGCGUCCGUGGUGAUGGCAGGCCUUGGAUGGUAAACAUUUAUACAGACCCUUACUUCUCUCAUCACAAGGACGAUCUGUACAACUACUUCAUGUUCACCCGAGGAGGGCCGUACUGGGAAGAAAUAAGGAUUCCAUUCUCCAAAUUCUUUCUCUCCAGUCGAGGAAGAGUCCAGGAUAACCAGCAUCCUAUCUGGUUAGACAAGGUUAGUACCCUCGGAUUCACCCUGGGAGAUAAAGUAGAUGGUCCAUUCCAGCUGGAGAUUGAUUUUAUUGGCCUGCUAAAUGAUAGAGCUCAUACAGAAGAAUUCGCCUAUGAAAUAUAUGAUAGGAAUCCUCAAAUUUAAAUUGGUCAUGUCCUUUGGAACAUUCUUCAGCUGCCAAGUUAAUUUUUAUAGAAUACUUCAAAUGUGGGUUCUAACAACUUGAAGAUUCUAUUGAAACGUUAAAAAGUGCAUGAAGCAUUGACUGUAUUAUUCUGACUAGACUAAAACUGUUGGUAUCUUUAAGCUGCCAAAUACAGAAUCCAUGAGACUGCACGUACACAGCCUGAGGGGAGCUGCGAUACAUGUUUACAGAGUAGUAACUAUUGACUGGCUGAGUUUUGACUUCUGUCCUGACCUUUACGGAAAUAAAAAUUUCAUGAAUGCAUUAUUGUUUCCCAGUACACAACAAUUUCAUUUUAUGUUACAUUGUUUAUAGACCCAAAUAUUUUACAACUGCCUAGUUUUUUUUUUACAACUGUAUAGUUUUUUCCAGUUUAAAACUAUGCUGGGAAUUCGUACAGUGAAGAACAGUGGUUAAAGGAUGGUGCCGUCUCUGAAACUUAGAGAGCAGGACCAAAAGUAUUUCAACCUUUAGCUUUUGGCUCCUGUGAAGAACUAAAAAAAGAAAAAGCUGCUGCCACUGCCAAGAUUGAAACAGUAGCUAUGAACUGGCUUUAGCUCUUAUUUUAGAGCUGUUGACAAUAGCCUUAUGCCUUGAGCUCUACAACACUGAAAACUCCAAUGGUGGUUUGAGGGGAAGCCCCUGUUAGCGUUUUGUUGCCUGAAAACUCGUACCUCAGCUUAAUUAGCACCAUUACCGGGAAGUAGGCAGUGGGUGAGAGCAGAUGUUUUUCUGAUCUGUAUUGUAAGACUUUUUUUGAGAAGUCUGGUUUUCACUCUUAAAGAACAGUUGCUGAAUCGUUGUUUCAGAUGUCACAAACACAGCCUAAUCAAAGCUUUGACAUCCUUCAGAGUUUCCUUGUUACUUAAAUGUACCUUAAAAAUAUUAAACAUAGCUAUAGCAUAUGUGGAAGACCACAAAUAU